ACCGCCUGGCCUCUUACAUGGGUUUUAUCCUCUGUUGUGGGAAAUUUCCAACUCAGAGAAAAAGGGUAAAUGUGACCAACCUGGUCCUGGUGCUUGUACCAGCUGUCAACAGGUGGUCACCCUUUAAUCCAGCAGGUGGCUCAUCAUUCACAAACUACCAGCUGUGGUUGCCAGCUGAUCAGGCACGUGCAUCCAGGGUCCAGCCUUUUUAGUGGCUCCCUCUAACCUCCACAUUAGAUUUCUUCAUUCUGGAAUAUUCGGGGGUUUUCAAGUAUCUUGGUGCUAUUGGUUUCUACCUCAGCUCUAUGGCUGAGAGCUUGUCAUUUGUAUUAACACUUUAAGAAGACACCAUGAUCUGUGUUUUUACUAUUUGGGGACAGGGCCUUGAAGGCCUGGUGCUGGCUUUCCUGGAAUGACUGCAAGGCCAUGAACCCGUCAGCCAUCUUGAAAACCCAAGCAAAGCACAAUCCCUAGCAGUGUGGCUCCCAAAAACCAACGAGGACUCCUAACUGCCUGCUUCUGAGAGUUCUGGGCCACUGUCCCCACAGGAGCCAGCAGAAGGGUAGAAAGCUGCAAAGGAAGGGGCCAGCUGGGGCUCUGCUCUGUAUAAGCUUCCUACCCUUCCCACCACAGCACUGGGAGCUUUUGCCUCAACUCCAUCCAGGAGGCCAGGCAGCAGCACCUGUCAAACAGCUACACUGGCUGGGCAGGGCUGGCAGGUCCCCACACCCAUCUCAGGCAUAGAGGACUCUAACUGCCUAUAGCCUGUGGAUUUUGACCAAGCUUUGUUCUGGUGCCUAGACUGGCUCUGCCACUCCUGGAUUAGCUCUCCUCCAUGGCCUGGAGGAGAGGGAAACACAAGGUGGGAAUGCUCUAAAGAUGGAUAUGAAGGGCACUGUAUCUCUACGGAGUGGAGCUCAGCUGUGGGCUGUCAGCUUUGGUGUGGCCAGAGCCUGUGAGCUCAGGGUUAUGGCUAAAACCUUGACCCUGUAAUCUUGACCGUGUCCUGCUUCACCUACCCUGUACCACUGUCCCUAGUUGGUAGGUGAGGUUAUGAGACACAGUUCCAUGCUAGAAAAGCAGCUUUCAGAAGCCCGGAUGCAGAAGGGCCUUGGACCACCCAUCCACAGUGCCAGAUGUUCAGAUUCUCUGUCCUCCAGGCCCCUAGUCCUAGGCUUAUGGGUAGACAGGGAGGGUUCCUUUGUUCCCAGAGCACUUCUACUUCCCUCUGUUCUAUUCCUUGUUGGGCCAAUCAGAAGGUAGACCAGCAAGGGCUGUCCUGUGGGAGGACUGGAUGGCCUAUGGCGUCAGCCAGAGCACAUCAGGAAGUGCACAGCCUCCCUCAUGGCUCCACCCUUCUCCAGUCAAGGAGCAUCUCCACACUCCCAGAGACCCAGGUUUCUGGUGUGCUCAUAGCCCAGGCAGCCUCCAGCUGGCAGGUGGCUCUCACAAGACCCUGAGGUAAGUUCAGCUAACAUACCCUUCCUGGAAGGUGGGUGGAAGCCUGUGGUGACUCUGGGGAUCCUGGAGCAAGUACCCCAGAGCAGCAGUCAGUCAGCACCUACAGUCAGGUGGCCUUCAUUCUCAUCUUUUCAUCUGACUAAUCUUUGUUCAUUGCAGCAUAGUCCUCCAGGGCUGGGACUGUGUGGCAAUGGGGCUGGAAUGGCAGGCAAUUGGUUCAAGGUUCUGAAAAAUGUCCACUGGAUCAACAAGAAGGUACAGCAGGGAACUGAGAAGUGCUUCUGAAGAAUAAGCCUGCCAUGGCCGUGUCUAGACCUAGGGAUGCAGCUUCUCUGGUCAGGGUCCCAGCAUUCUUAAAGGGCUGGAGACUGGGCUAGGGGCCUUCUAUGGCUACUUUAACUCAGCCCAAGAGUCACUGAAGCCACUCACUGAGACUCCACCUGUCCACAGGUAGAAGCAGUGGGUAGUCCCACAUGAGUAAUACCCCUGUCAACAACUGGCCUGAUUGAUCCCCAGCAUGUGGCCAGAGGCCAGAACUCAUCUGGAGCAGAAAAGCACAGGGUUUCCUGGUGCCCAGCUCCUGAAAACCUGGAGGGGAGUCAUAGCAGAUGUCUGGAGACUGUGAAUGACAUUGCCUGCCUUUCCAGGGUACCCCAGCCUGGCAGGGAGAUGAGACAUGCUCCUAUGGCCAACCCUCACUUGCCCUCCCAGAAUAGCACCAUGUCACAGGCAGCUGCCAGAGGGCUGUUGCAUCACUGUCUGGCUACAACGGAAGGCUUGAAGGACAUGGGGCCUGUCAGAGAAUGAGGAAGUCACACAUAGGACUGGCUCCCUGGCAGAGUGAGAAAGCCUCCAGCCAACCAGCCUCUCGGCCACAAUCUGGACACGGGCCCGCCAGAGCCCGUGCCACCCAAGAAGGUGCCGUGUAGGAUGGCUACUAGGGGCAAAAGCUCCCUACAUUCAUCUACCUUCAGGAGGUUCAAGAGCACUUUAGGGUAAAGGGCAGAAGCCAAAGAAGGGCCAUUGUACAAGGAGUGUUCUCUUAGACCCCAACCUGCCCUUUCCCUGACAUAUCCAGGUGACUCAGGAAGAAAGUUUGAGGUAACAGAGGGGCAGUUGCUUGGGGAAGAUGAGCUUGGCAGGGUGGCACUAGGAGGGGCUAUCAGUGCACCUCUGCUAUCCCUCAGAAUCUGUGGAACAAAGAUGAGGUUGACCCCUCAAAUUUCUCCAGAAUGAGUCCCUUGUGUCCUUGCCCAAAGCCCUGUUCUGGCACUCACAGGCCUGGGUCCUAUUGUAGGCUGACUGCUCCAGACCCAGUAGAGAACAGAAGGUGGGCACUUCCUGAGCUGCUCUCCCCUGACUGUGACCACAGACUACAGAGGACAUGUCAGACUAUGAAAAUGAUGACGAGUGCUGGAGUGCCCUGGAGAGCUUCCGGGUGAAGCUCAUCUCUGUUAUUGACCCCUCACGAAUCACACCCUAUCUGCGCCAGUGCAAAGUCCUGAACCCCGAUGAUGAGGAGCAGGUGCUCAGUGACCCCAACCUGGUCAUUCGCAAGCGGAAAGUGGGUGUGCUACUGGACAUCCUGCAGCGGACAGGCCACAAGGGCUAUGUAGCCUUCCUUGAGAGUCUGGAACUCUAUUACCCUCAAUUAUACAGGAAAGUCACGGGCAAGGAGCCAGCACGAGUCUUCUCCAUGAUCAUUGAUGCAUCAGGGGAGUCAGGCCUGACGCAGCUGCUGAUGACAGAGGUCAUGAAGCUGCAGAAGAAGGUUCAGGACCUGACGGCACUUCUGAGCUCCAAGGACGACUUCAUCAAGGAGCUUCGGGUGAAGGACAGCCUCCUGCGCAAGCACCAGGAGCGUGUGCAGCGGCUCAAGGAAGAGUGUGAGCUGAGCAGCCGAGAGCUGAAGCGCUGCAAGGAUGAGAACUAUGACCUGGCCAUGCGCCUAGCACAUCUGAGUGAAGAGAAGGGCUCAGCGCUCAUGCGGAACCGGGACCUGCAGCUCGAGGUGGACCGGCUCAGGCACAGCCUCAUGAAGGCAGAGGAUGAUUGCAAGGUGGAGCGAAAACACACCCUGAAGCUCAGGCAUGCUAUGGAGCAGCGGCCCAGCCAGGAGCUGAUGUGGGAGCUGCAGCAGGAAAAGGACUUGCUGCAGGCCCGGGUGCAGGAGCUGGAGGUCUCUGUACAGGAGGGCAAGCUAGACAGGAACAGCCCCUACAUUCAAGUGCUGCAGGAGGACUGGCGCCAGGCACUGCAGGAGCACCAAGAGCAGGCCAACACCAUCUUCUCCCUACGCAAGGACCUCCGCCAAGCUGAGGCCCUCCGGACCCGGUGCGUGGAGGAAAGGGAGAUGUUCGAGCUGCAGUGCCUGGCCUUGCGUAAGGAUGCCAAGAUGUACAAGGACCGGAUCGAGGCUAUCCUGCAGCAGAUGGAGGAAGUCUCCAUUGAGCGGGACCAGGCUAUGGCCUCGAGGGAAGAGCUGCAUGCACAGUGUGCCCAGAGCUUUCAGGACAAAGACGAGCUUCGAAAGCAGGUUCGAGAGCUGAGUGAGAAGGCAGACGAGUUGCAGCUGCAGUUGUUCCAGAGUGAGGGCCGGUUAGUGGCCGCCGAGGGCAGACUCAAGCAGCAGCAGCUGGACAUGCUCAUCCUGAGCUCUGACCUGGAGGACACUUCACCCAGGAACUCCCAGGAGCUCUCACUGCCUCAGGAUCUGGAGGAGGAUGCCCAGCUCUCAGACAAAGGUGUCCUGGCAGACAGGGAGAGCCCAGAGCAGCCCUUCGUGGCUCAGAGCAAGGAGCAGCUUUCACAAACCCAUCUGCCAGCACCGUUCCUUGUGCAAGGCACUGGGCCCAGCAGCAGCGAGCCCCCGGAGAAAGAGCGGCGGCGUCUCAAGGAGAGCUUCGAGAACUACCGCAGGAAGCGGGCGCUCCGCAAGGCUCAGAACAGCUGGCGACAGGACGAGGGGGACCGCGAGAACACCACAGGCAGCGACAACACCGACACCGAGGGCUCCUAGCAGCCCGCGCCGAGGCUGAGCGUCUGUGUAAUUGUGAAGGGGUGCUGCAUUUUUUACUGUACGCUACACAUGCGUUGUACACGUAUUGGAAAAUACAACUAAAUAAAGUGACCACCAAGCCGA